UGGGCUGCAGCACUUUGAGACUGUUACUGUGGUUUAGGCCUAUAGUAAUACUAUUGACUUGACUAGACUUAAAUAACCGAGUUUCUUUCCUCACCAACAUUUGGAUUUAUAUUUACUAAAUAUUAUAUACUUUAUAUUUAUAUUUUCUUAACACGUGUUUUCCAAUGUUUUUACCUCACCAAGGGAGAUAAUUACUUACCCCUACCCUUGCGUCAUCUCUUGACUUGCGAGGCUUUCGGCUUGUCAGUUUGUUCUGCUGAUUUCUGGCGUGUAGUCCUACAUCUCAUUGGCUUCGUCCUUUGCGUAAUUUUUUUCCGUUCAACCAUUACCUGAAGCCUUCAUAAAUUAUUCGAAAGAGUUGGAUCGAUAAUAGCGACCCAAGGAUUGUAACAGGGCACCCAAGGAAACACUUUUGAGAAUAAUUCCAAAGCCUUCAGAAUGCAUGGGCAUUACACUGGUCUCCAGCUGAUCAUCGGACAUCUAUUUCUCUCAUGCUUGGCUGAAUCUGGUCCCAGUGACUACUUCUACCAAGACUUCCUUAAUGGAAAUGGCCAUGGAGAAGUCAGUAGUGUGAAGCUGUACGUGGUCACCAGUCAGCAGGCUGUGCUUCCCGUGCGCGGGGGAAAUGCCACCCUGCCGUGCAGGUUCUGGUAUGACCCUGAGCUCCGCGGCCCACGGAGGGUCCGGGUGAAGUGGUCCUGGCUCCCCGCCGGCGGGGGCCGGGAGGAGGAAGACGUGCUGGUGGCCAUCGGGCCGCGCAGCCGGAGCUUCGGACGCUUCAGGGGCAGGGUCCACCUCAGACAGGACUUCCCGGGGGACGCCACCCUGGUGAUCGGCGGGCUCCACCUGAACGAGUCGGGCCGCUACCGCUGCGAGGUGGUGGACGGACUGGAGGACAGGAGCGCUGCAGUGGAUGUGGAACUGAGAGGUGUGGUGUUCCCCUAUCAGCCGCCUCGCGGACGCUACCAACUCAACUACCAGGGGGCCCGCCAGGUCUGUGAGGAGCAGGACUCCACCCUGGCCACCUUUGACCAGCUCCUCCAGUCCUGGAAGGACGGGCUCAGCUGGUGCAACGCGGGCUGGCUGGCGGACGGGACGGUCCAGUACCCCAUCACCCGGCCCAGGGUGCCCUGCGGAGGCCAGCGCCUGGCCCCGGGGGUCCGCAACUACGGCCGGCGGCACCUCCACAAACACCACUACGACGUCUUCUGCUUCUCCUCCUCCCUCCGCGGGGACGUGUACUACCUCACGCACCCAGACAAGCUGAACCUGACAGCGGGCCAGGAGGCGUGCAAUGAGGACGGGGCCCAGAUCGCCACGGUGGGCCAGCUCUACGCCGCCUGGAAGUUCACCGGGCUGGACCGCUGCGACGCCGGCUGGCUGUCGGAUGGCAGCCUCCGCUAUCCCAUAAUAACGCCCCGGAACAACUGCGGUUCCUCUGAGCCCGGAGUGAGAAGCUUCGGAUUUCCCCCACCGCAACACAAGCACGGCGUUUACUGCUUCAAGUCCGCUGCCGAUUAAACACAACGUUGAAAGGAGCGCUCCACUCCGGUGGCGGAUACGUCACAGCGGAUUCACAGUGCACUCCCACCUAUUGAUAUCCAGAAUAGACGAGAAUCUCCUGCCAGAACAUACAAUUCAAAGUCAAAGUCAGCUUAAUUAUCAAUUCCAAAAUUAUGCCAGACAAAUAGAGGAAUCGAAAUUGUGUUUGUCUCUGACCCACGGUGCAAUAAGGAGAAAAUCAGGCAUUGAGGAGGAUACCUCAGAUAGAGUCAAGCAUAUCAGAAAACCUGUAAUCCUUACACAUUCACUGUAUGUGUCACAGUAUACUGUUUGUGUGACAGUACAUUAAUGUACACAGCAUCAUCAGCCCAAUGAGGUUUUUUUUUAAUUCAGAGAAAGUUUUACAUUAUCUUUACCUUGUUUUUCAUCCUUCCAACUCCAAUGUACUCCAACCCAUAAUAAUCCAUCUAUUGUUGGAUGGAUUUUAUUCUGAUAAAGGAUUGGAAUGGAUUUACCAACAGGGCACAAACAAAUAUAUUGCAUUUUAGAUGCUUUUCAGCCAGAAGGUGGCAGUAUAGUUCCAAUUAGUUUCCCAAUGACAGCAAUCUUGGCACAUUCUGUCCUGCUUGACUU